AUGUCUUUCCUCCGCAACGUCAAGAACCUUGCCCCUCUCCUGGACCGCGUCCUGGUCCAGCGUGUCAAGCCCGAGGCUAAGACCGCCUCCGGUAUUUUCCUCCCCGAGAGCAGCGUCAAGGAGCAGAACGAGGCCAAGGUCCUCGCCGUUGGCCCCGGUGCCGUCGACCGCAAUGGCCAGCGCAUCCCCAUGGGCGUCGCUGUCGGCGACCGUGUCCUCAUCCCCCAGUUCGGUGGUAGCCCCAUCAAGGUUGGAGAGGAGGAAUACACCCUCUACCGCGACUCCGAGAUCCUCGCCAAGAUCAACGAGUAA